GCAGCCUGCACACAGAUUCUUAGAAUCACCAGGAUCGUGACCCAGCGAGUGACUUAAGGCUGUGGGUACCUUUAAUCGCAUGAAUUGUCUUACUGAAGCCUUUCAUUUUUAGAAGACACUGGGGCUGCGCUCGAGCUUCUGUUGAAAUGGUGCUAUCACAUUGAAAUCUCUGUCACCUGGCUCUGUGCUUGCUUUCGUAGCUCAGUCUGCACUGCCAUCGGAGGUGUAUUUGGAGCACGGGCAGGCAUGUCAAUCUGCCUGGAACCCAAGUAACGGCCUCCCCAACUGAAGAUGUCUAACAAUGGAGUUGAAACAGAAGACAAACCGCCUGCUCCUCCGAUGAGAAAUACCAGCACUAUGAUUGGAUCGGGAAGCAAAGAUGCUGGGACUUUAAACCAUGGCUCAAAACCUUUGCCUCCCAACCCAGAAGAAAAGAAAAGGAAGGACCGAUUUUACCGAUCUAUUUUACCAGGAGAUAAAACCAAUAAAAAGAAAGAGAAAGAGCGGCCGGAGAUCUCCCUCCCUUCAGACUUUGAACACACGAUUCAUGUGGGGUUUGAUGCAGUCACGGGAGAAUUCACAGGAAUGCCGGAGCAAUGGGCACGUUUGCUGCAGACUUCCAACAUCACCAAGUCGGAGCAGAAGAAGAACCCCCAGGCAGUGCUGGACGUGUUGGAGUUUUACAACUCGAAGAAGAUCUCCAACAGCCAGAAGUACAUGAGUUUCACAGAUAAAUCAACAGAGGAUUACAAUUCAUCAAAUACGUUGAAUGUGAAGGCUGUCUCUGAGACCCCUGCAGUGCCCUCAGUGUCUGAAGAUGAAGAUGAUGAAGAUGAUGCAGCUCCACCCCCUGUGAUAGCUCCACGACCUGAACACACAAAAUCUAUAUACACCCGCUCUGUGAUAGACCCCCUUCCUCCUCCUACCAGAGAUGUGGCGACCUCUCCUAUUUCUUCUCCCUCGGAAAACAGCACAACAGUGCCUGACAUGCUGGUCAGGAACACGGAGAAACAAAAGAAAAAGCCAAAAAUGUCAGAUGAAGAGAUCUUGGAAAAAUUAAGAAGUAUUGUGAGUGUGGGCGAUCCAAAAAAGAAGUACACAUGUUUUGAGAAGAUUGGACAAGGAGCCUCAGGUACAGUUUACACAGCAAUGGAUGUAGCUACAGGACAGGAGGUUGCAAUCAAACAGAUGAAUUUGCAGCAGCAGCCGAAAAAAGAACUGAUUAUUAAUGAAAUCCUUGUGAUGAGGGAAAACAAAAACCCCAAUAUUGUCAACUACUUGGACAGUUACCUUGUAGGAGAAGAGCUCUGGGUGGUCAUGGAGUACUUGGCAGGAGGCUCCCUAACAGAUGUUGUGACAGAGACCUGCAUGGAUGAAGGACAAAUUGCAGCUGUGUGCCGAGAGUGUCUCCAAGCUCUGGAAUUCCUCCAUUCAAACCAAGUUAUUCACAGAGACAUCAAGAGUGACAACAUCCUGCUGGGAAUGGAUGGCUCUGUCAAACUAACUGACUUCGGCUUCUGUGCCCAGAUCACUCCUGAGCAGAGCAAACGCAGCACCAUGGUGGGGACCCCGUACUGGAUGGCACCUGAAGUGGUGACACGGAAAGCAUAUGGGCCCAAAGUGGAUAUCUGGUCACUGGGGAUAAUGGCCAUCGAGAUGAUCGAAGGAGAGCCCCCCUACCUCAAUGAGAACCCCCUGAGAUUCCUGAAGUUCAUCACUUCAGGUGAGCCCCAAAAGUUUGUGGUGCACCAGUUCCUGAAAAUUGCAAAGCCUCUAUCUAGUCUCACUCCUCUGAUUAUUGCAGCUAAAGAGGCAGCCAAGAACAACCAUUAAAGUGGUGGAGUCAACACAGUCAUCGUGUCAAGACUUUUAGAUGUUCAUUUCAGAGACUGAAUUACCUGCCCCUCUCCCCUUCUGCUCCUUCUUCACAGGGGAGUUCUUAAAACUUUGAUCUGCCCUGAAGGGUGGCAGAGGUAUUGUUCACUGAAUGUGGAAGGGCACGUAAUGGGGACAUUGCUGAUCUUACAUAGUGAACUAUCUUUCCAUCCUCGUGGUGGGGGUGAGAGGGGAAGAGUAUUUUGUAUGGUUGAGAAGAUCUUUCUGAGAACGUCUGAACCUGACCUACACGUAGCGAAGACAGUUUGUUUCCAUAUUUCUUACUGUGUUUAGUUUUAAAAAUAAUGUGGAGCCUUAGACCAUGUUUAUCUUAAUAAAUUAAAGCUUUUGCUGGCUGGACUUUCCCUGCUUCUGGCAAGCUGCUAUUACACCACUGAGGCUGCUCUGUGCUUUGGAUGACUUGAGGGAAGGAAGCAGGCAGCAGAAACGUGAACAGCUGUAACAACUGAAAGGGGAACGAGGGCGUGAAUACGCAUCCCUCCUACAGCACUGCUGGAUGCUUCGAGGGAGCACGGAGAAAGCCUCUGUGUGCUUCCUGCAGCCGUUGGAAAACUUAAUUAAUGGGUGAUCUUUUUGCCAGAUCAUGUGAAUUGGGGGCCCCCCCCUCCCCCUUUAGUUUCAACUCGACUAGUUAACCAAAUCUCAAAUAUUUCUGAUUUCUAGAAGGUAAAUCACAGGAAAAAUUGACAGAGAGCUCUUUUAGAGUUAUUUUAUCAGCGCUGCGAGGCUUCUUAGAGACCCUUGCCCUGUAUGAUAAAGCAAACAGAGCAAUUACUAUUAUAAAGAUAAGAUUUGCCUGCAAAAUGAUGUUGAAAACUCUUGUUUCUUAGAGCAAGUCCAACGGAAAACAAACUGAUUGUGGAUGCUGCUUUCUUGGAGACGUGGGGACUUAAUUUUUUGAAAUGAUAGUGGUGUCUUUAUGCUACUGAUUCCUUUGGUUGCUAAUAGUCUGUAAAACAACAGGAAACAUGGAACUACUAGAGGGAUUGGUUGUAAACACUGGGCUUAUGUUUAACUGUAUACUGAUUUUUAAUAAAAUGACUGCUGCGUUUCUUAACUUGGGGCUGAGGGAGGAUUGGAGAAUUCACUGUACCCAGACACAUCUGUCGGGUGGGAUUAUUGUUCAUAUCGUCACCGGGUGCUCAAAUGUGUUGGAUAAAGUGAUAUAACCUC